CUAUCUUCCAUGUGCAAGCAGCAGAAGAAUACAAUUCUUGUGGAUUAUUGAUGCCUUUUUGAUCAUCCAGUGAUUGAGAACAUGUCGGAAAAGAAUCGAGACGCGGAAAGGAUGAAUCGCGAAGGUGGCGCUGAUGCUUGGGGUUCUCAAAGGCCAGAAACACCGCCUUGGGAUGCAGCAGAGUAUAGUCAACUCAUCUCUGCAGGGCCGUUGCUGCCACUACUAGAACAGUAUGCAGGCGUAGGUUCUUAUGACCAAAACACUCUUAGGGGGGCCCCAUGGCAAGUUCAGUCACAAGGCGCUAACACUGACAUAUGUACGGGCAACCAACCUCAACUAGCUAGUAUGGCUAAUCAAGGGCCUUCAUGCAGCACGUGGCAUCAGCCAGCACCCAUGUACCUGCCAUCGACGUCAUACACAGCGUAUUACGCUGGUGGUGACACGGCAAACGUCCCGUGGCAAGCUUCACAAAUUGCAGGUGGAGCACGACAUUUUGGUGUCACGGACCACACAAGAUGGCCAAAUGCAGCACAACAAGGCAAAACAAUAGUUGCCAUGUUUGUUGAACAGGCCUGCAACUACACUGAACAGCGGCGCGGGGACAUCUACGGCGGGGAGCUCUGA